UGUAAUCCAGAAAUAAACAACUGGUUUGAUGAUGUAAUACAUUUGAAUAGGUAAAUUAUAAAACGGUGAAUCUUUCACAUGAAUGGGGCCAGAGUGAUGACAUGAGUGGAAACUGGUCAUGAAAUAUGCAGAACGCCUGGGCUGUUAUUAGCAUCAUACUGACUUGUUGCAUGCUGCUUUAUCUAGUGCUUUGGAUGAAUCUUUCUGAACAGUUUUACAGUUUGUACAGUGAAAAACCCAUUUACUCCACUGAGCAAGAAAUCAACAUAACACCCAUUCCAGUUCUCUAUAAGAAAAAUUUUACAAAACUUCCAGUGUGGGAUUUUGAAGACUUUUAUUUGCGAGACAAUGAAGCAAGAGAUCCUACCUGUCCAAAGUCCCUUUACAACACAGAGGAUCUCAAGUUCAAGGAGAAAGUUCUUCCUGACAUUCAGCUGUGGCUGUACAAAGGUCUACUCAACAUAACAGAAUGGAAUCGAUUAGCACACUUCAACAAUCCCUUCGGCUUCAUGGAAUACAAGUACAAUGAGAUAAAAAGAGCAGUGGAUUUGAUACCAAAGCCCAAGUCUUCAAUAUUACUGCCUGUGCAUGAAAAUUCAAAGGAUGGCUGUAUCCGCUGUGCUGUUGUGGGCUCUAGUGGCAUUCUCAAUAACUCAAAGAUGGGCAAAGAGAUAGACUCCCAUGAUUAUGUUUUUCGAGUAAAUGGGGCUGUUACUCAAGGUUACGAGGAGGAUGUUGGAAACAGAACAUCAGUUUAUAUACACACUGCUUUUUCCUUGUAUUCCAACAUUCUGAGUUUAAAAAAGUAUGGCUUUAACAGUGUUCCACAAGAUGAGGGUAUCAAAUAUGUAAUGAUCCCUGAAGGCCGGAGGGACUUUGAGUGGCUCCAAGGCCUUUUGCAGGGAAAAGAAGCCAACGGGUCAUUCAAGGGUGUGAGGCCACUGAAAUAUUUCGAAGGGAAAUUUAACGAGGGUAGAUUCUAUGUUCUUCACCCUGACUUUCUUCGAUACAUUCGCAACAGAUUAAUGCCUUCCAAACAAAUGCAGGGCAUUCACUGGUCAUUGUACCGACCGACCAAUGGAGCGUUUGCUUUGUUCUUGGCUAUUCACACAUGUGAUAUUGUGGACGCCUAUGGAUUUAUCACAGAAGACCACCAUAAGUACUCCAACUAUUAUUAUGAAAAGUUAAAAAAAACAAAUGUAAUUUUCUAUAUCAACCAUGACUAUGGACUGGAGAUAAAGACUUGGAAGAAACUGCAUGACUCUGGAAUCAUUAGACUUUUCCAAAGACACUAACACAUCGAAAACAGAAGAAGACUCUUUGUUCUGUCAACAGGCGUUAUUUUACA